GCUCAUCUACCCAGGAGCCGUAGUUAGCCUCCAUUAAUUACAGAGCAUUUGUCAACGGGACGAGUUCACGAGUCCUUCACGUGACGAAGUUCCUUUUCAUUGUGGGUUCUCCCGCUCACCCGAUGGCAAGUGUCUCAGUUGUAGAGCCCGCCUUGCCCAAAUUGCCGAUUCCGAGGGUCGUCGCUAAAUCCGACGUCUGCAGUCGUCCCCGGCUUUCAUCCGCAAUGGCUGACCAUGGACCUCGACAUUCCAAUCUUUCGGACUGACAGCGAGUUUUCAACCCUCUUGCGUGGGGUCAUGCAUCCUGAGAUUCUGGGGUGCCAAUGUCAAACCUGGAGGAGUGGAUUCUGUGGAUGGCAAAGCGACAACUAUUUCUAUUACAAGAGCGGGAGGGCUCACGGAAGAAAGGAGGCGCUUCCCGAAUCAAAUGUCAAGUCGUUAUUGGGGGUUUCCACUUCCAGGCUGCCCUGUCCACUAGUGCUGCUGUAAAAUAGCACGAGUACAUUCUGGACUGGAGAAAAUUGGAUUCUGAGCUUGUGAACUCAUGUCUAAUACUCCUCGCCCAGGUCUAUUUGGAAGAUGUUGGGAGCUGGCUAGUUCAUGCAUGCCCGUGAUAGUGAGCUCACUCCUCGAACAGAUUUUAUUGUCUCGUGCGAGAAUAGAAUGGUGAACUUUUUUAUCCACAACUAAAUCCGUCGGUUCUGGUGAACCUCAUCUGCUUCCGGUAAAACCUCCGCCCUCGCUCCGAGAGCACAUCAAAACCAGCUGAAGCUUACCAUGAUAUCAGUCUUGCAACUCACUCGCUCCCUGUCAACGCCUCUGGGGCUGCGGGUUUAGAAGCCGAGCGUGCAGAGAGUCGAGCAAUCCAGUCCCUAAGUUCGAGUGUUAGGAGUUUACAGGUUAGAGCUUUAGGCUUCCUUCCUACACUAGAGAGCAAUCUACUCUCGAUCUCUGCAUGCACUCACUUCGCCCCUACGAUCAAUAGCAGUGUUUAUUGUGAUCUAAAGACGCUCUCUGGUCGUCAUUCGAUCAUAGCUCCUCAGCGUGCAGUUGACGUUGGAUCCUGGCCCUCGCAGCAAGUAUCUUAUCUACAUACUCGACUGCAGCUGUAGUUUCUACCUCCAUACUUUCCGAGGAGGAGACGAGAUUUUGAAUACCGAGUUCUAGUUCUAGUUCUAGUCCUAGGCCUUAUUCGUUUAGAUUUCUUCUUUUUUGGAGGUUUGGCUACAGCCACAUGCUGGCAAGGCCGAUUGGGAAGAAAAAUCAGGAUAAGACAACCGAUCAGACACCCUCCGCCAAUUUUGAUCUCUCCUCGUUCACUUCUUAUUCCUGAGACUCUAGAUUUUUGUCAUACAGCCGCUGCCGUACAGACUCUCUUCUCAAAACGCCCGACAACGUCGUUGUCUAGUCUGACAGUCUGAGUACAUUGGUGUCUAGAAAGCCAGCUACAAAUUGCAGAUCUUCCUCAGGAUUCGACAGUAUAUCUGGACCUGCUGCGCCUUCCAGAUUCACUCUCGAAGUCAAUUCGACUCACGACAAUACCAAACAAGAAUUCGAAGAUGGUGCACUACGCCUUAAGCGAGGAGUUCCGCAGCGAGUUCAACUUUAUGUGCCUGGACACUUUGAUUCCACAUGCCAAGCCGGGUGAUGUCGUCGUCCCUCCAUUCACAGGCGAAGAGCUCCAAGCUGAAGCCUUGCACUGGCUCAGCAUGUUCACCCAUUGGGCUGUCCAACAGGGUUUGUCUGCAGACCACACCGUUCUCAUGGCCUCGACCCACGUCAAAUAUGUGCUCACCAGCUACCAGGUCUCCACAUGGAGUGACUUCAUCCACGAUUUCUUCAAUUACUACCAUCUUGAAGGAGAUGUUCGCUUCGCACAAUGGUAUUGGAGAAGGGCAGCCAAUGUACAAGUCAUCUGGUUCUCUUACAGGGAGCUGAGAGCUUGCACGAACAACUUCUCGGAGCUGAAGCUCGUCAGCAGUGGGAAGGUAGGCCGAGUGUACCAAGGCUUCAUGUUCGAUGACCAAAAGGUGGCUGUGAAGAAGUACAAGGACGUGAAAGGACAUUCUUUAGGAGAGGUUCUGUACGAAGUGUUUCUUCACCGCAGCCUGCCGAAGUCGCAAAACCUUGUCCGACUCAUCGGCUUCUCUUCCUACGAACAAGACCCCCUUUUAGUGUACGAGUACGUUCCAGGGGGCAACUUGGAGCAGCAUCUGCAGGGAAAAGUCGGAGGAGAGAAGCUCACCUGGGACCAGCGACUCACCAUCGCCAUCGACGUAGCCAGCGCCGUUACUCAGCUUCACUACAAUAGCAAGUUCCCCAUCUACCACAGAGACGUGAAAUCUUCCAACAUUCUUCUCGACAACCACAAGCGUGCCAAGUUGGCAGAUUUCGGCAUCGCCGCCGCUGUUUCACACGAGAAGCAGCGAACUCACUGCCACACCAAAGUCAAAGGCUCUCGUGGAUACACAGAUCCCGCUUAUGAGAGCUCUGGGAAGCUUACUGACACCACCGAUGUGUAUAGCUUUGGAGUUGUUCUCAUGGAACUCGUGACAGGGCUCAGAGCCGGCGAGCCCAGUCGAUCGAAAACCUUCCUCCCAGACCUCGUGAACGAAAUGUCAUGCCUGGGACUCUUGGAAGAGAUCGUGGAUCAGGCCAUCUGGUGUCCAUGCAGCGAAGAUCCGAGGAACCAGUGCAAGGAUUGCUUGAGGGCUUUCGUCGAGGAGGUUGUGGAACUUGCACUGAAAUGCUGCGGCAAGGAACCUACCAAACGACCCAACAUCAAUGAGGUCAAUGAGAAAUUGAAAAGCAUUCAGUUGGAGCAGAAGAUGGGUAAGGUGAAAAUCUCGGAGAGAAGCGACCGCGAUUCUCGUGAGAGAUCACGAAGGAUCAGACACUAGUUUCCGACGGUGGCCUGGCUUCAUAUUUGUUAAAAAUGGAAGACCUCCUGAUUCAGGCUCAUCGUUCCGUGGAAAGAGAAGGUUCUCAUAGAAGCUCAUGCGAGUUGAUACAAGGCGAAGAUGAUCGAGUCGAGCAUUCUGUGAUUUAAGUUAUACUUUAUUCUCGACCCCUCUUCAGUUAUACAUGCACACAAGGCAGUGCAGAUCGGGGUAACCGUCGCGUCUCCAACCUUCUUCCACCGCCCCAAGUCUCCUUCGAGGAAUUUCAGGAGGAAGGCAGAAAUUUCAGGAGAUAGUCGAGACUUACGCUUCCUCCAUGGAGCUAAUCAUGAGCCGAUUGCAUCCAUGCGAUUGGCUAGCAAGAUCAGAAGUCUUUCCCGAUUCAUACGACGGACAGAAGCGCUCAGAUUUUCUCGCUAGAACCAACCGACACUGAAUCAAGUAUAUACAUAUGUAUAGACAGCGCUUCUUAAUCUAGCUAGUUCUGGAAGCCUUAGUGGUACCUUCUAGCUAUGCCGCUUUAUUCACUAUCAAACGACACCGUGCUCAGCCGCCCAUCGAGAGCCGGGUGGCCAAAUAUUCCGAAGGAAUUGUUGGCCGCUUUAUAGGCAUUCAGUCCAUCAGAUGAGAUCUUAGAAGUAAAUUGGGAACAAGCUUAUACCAAUGUGGUCAAAUACCACUACUAGGAUUAUGUUUAUAUUCACCUGAUUAAUCGGGUGACUUGUACAAUAAGGCAUAGUAUGUCAUCGAACUCAAUAAACCGAC